UAACGCGCCAUACACAUCACAAAGCGCUGUGCCUGUGCCUGUGCUGCCGCUGCAGCUGCGUUCAACACAUAAUUUUGUGCAAGGUUGGAGGCUUUUAUUUAACUAUUAUUUUUGUGAUUGUGUUGGGGUGCCAGAGCCAAAGCCAUGAUAACGAUACUGCUGUGCAUGCAAUAAACAAAAAACGCGCAUAGUAAACGCCCAGAAGCUGCAGUCGAAGGCAACUAAGAAUAGAAAAAAGAAAGAAGAAAAAAUUAAAAUCGUAACCUAAACAAAGUGCAAACUGUAUUUGGACGGUGUAUUUUGGCAUUCACAAUGACACCAUUUGAUGAUUUUGUCUACUUAAUAAAUCACGUGCUGCUUGGCGAAGAGCCGACCAUUGAGGAUUUCAUAUUGCUUGUGGGCACAUUGGUGGCCUUCAUAGCUUUUAUACUGUGGUGUUGCUUUCCCAUACAGCCAAAGGAACCGGGACAGCACCGCCAGUUUACGUGUAAAAUUAUACAGAAUCACAUAAAGGUAUUCGAUGCAGCAAGCAGAGUGGAGGACAACGGCACCACAACUGCAACAACAGCGGCUAGCAGUAAUGGAAAUAAUGGAAGUAACGGCACAGCCGGCGGCGGCAUCAUUAAUGGCGCUAGUCCUCACUACAAUGGUGGCGGCAGCGGUAGUUACAGCAAAAACGGUACCGUGGCUAUGCACAACUAUUACGUUAAAAACGGCCACCACUGUUGCACCUAAACAGGACAUAGAACUUAACCAGGCCCAAGGCACUGACCAAGUCACUUUUUUUUUAUUAUUUUUUUUUUG